ACUUCGCUUCUUCCCAACAACCACGGGAACUUAACGACGCUGAUCGAAUUGCGCUUUCUCUUUUUUGUUGUGGCUAACAAGUAUUGAACUGCACAUGGCGAGCGCAGUAGAUUCCUCGGGAAAUCCAAUCCCAUCGUCGUCGGUGUUGAUGGCAUCAUCGAAGCACAUUGGGAUCCGGUGCCACUCUGAGAACUUGGAUUUUCUGAAGUGCAAGAAGAAGGAUCCUAACCCUGAAAAGUGUCUUGACAAGGGUCGCGAUGUUACCCGCUGUGUCCUUGGACUUUUGAAAGAUCUUCAUCAGAAGUGCACAAAGGAGAUGGAUGAUUAUGUUGGCUGCAUGUACUACCAUACAAAUGAAUUUGACUUGUGUCGCAAAGAGCAGCAAGCAUUUGAGAAAAAGUGUUCUUUGGAAUGAAACUAUCCACUGUUGUCGAAAAUAAUAAUGAAGGCGAUUUGGAGUGAGACAAUGCAUUUGUUUUCCAUAAAAUCAUUAAUCUUUUUUGCUUUUACGACAGUGUGGAAUAUUUGUCAUUGACAAUGUUCGCCCUCUAAAUUUUUCUAGAGAAAUGCAUGCAACCAGUACAAUAACAAACUCUUCAAACAUAACUCACAAGAAUUAUUUUCUGUUGGAA